UACAAAAGAGAUACAAGUAGCUUGGUACAGACAGCUAGCUAGCGUCAAUUCUAGUUCCAAUAAUGGCUUCUGCGUUGGAUCGUUUCCAAGAGCUCAAGGCCUUCGACGACACCAAGUCCGGCGUCAAGGGCCUCGUCGACGCAGGCAUCAGUACCGUACCGGCCAUCUUCCACCACCCACCGGGAUCCCUCGCACUCAACGAUACUCAUGACCACCACUUCGGCAUCCCGGUAAUCGACCUUGCUGGCGCGUGGACACCGUCCCGACGAGCCGAGCUGGUCGGCGAGGUGAAGUCGGCUGCGGAGACGGUGGGCUUCUUCCAGGCUGUGAACCACGGCGUGCCGGAGGCGGCCAUGUCGCAGAUGCUGGCGGCUGUGCGGAGCUUCAACGAGGAGCCAGCGGAGGCGAAGCGUGUGUACUACACGAGGGACGAGGGCAGGCGUGUGAGGUACCAGACUAACUUCGAUCUGUUUCAGUCGCCGGCGGCUAACUGGCGCGACACCCUCUACUUUGAGAUGGAGCCGAAUGGGCCGACGUCAGAGGAGAUCCCGCCGGCGUGCAGAGGUGUGGUGACGGAUUACACGAGAUCGGUGCGCAUGCUGGGCGGCACGGUGCUGGAGCUUCUGUCCGAGGCUCUGGGCCUCCACCGUGGGUAUCUUGAGCAUGACGCCGGUUGCCUGGAGGGGAUGAACAUCGCGACCCACUACUACCCGGCGUGCCCCGAGCCGUGCGUCACGAUGGGAACCACCAGGCACUCUGACCCGAGCUUUUUCACGGUGCUACUUCAGGACAGCGUCGGCGGCCUCCAGGUAAUCGUCGAGGACGAAAAGCUGCAGCCAGUAUGGGUGGACGUGCCAGCCGUGGCCGGCGCGCUCAUCGUCAACAUCGGCGAUUUCCUGCAGCUCAUGUCCAACGACAAGUUCAAGAGCGUGGAGCACCGUGUGGUGUCCAAGAGCGUUGGACCUCGGAUCUCGGUGGCCUGUUUCUUCCAGUCGCAUGGCGCCGCCGCGUCCACGAGGGUGUACGGCCCGAUCAUACCGGAGGGUGACCUGAGCCCUGAGCUGUACAGAAGCACCACGGUGGAGGAGAUCCUCCAACACUUCAGGGAGAAGGGCCUCGAUGGCAGCUCCGCGCUCCAGCAUUUUAGGGUUUAAUCAGCCCUUUCUCCAGCCGUCUAGUACUUGUGAUCCGAAUUGGUGUUUGGAUCUGUACGUAUGCUUAUCAGCUUAUGUGCAUCUUUAUCGUUUCUUGAACACAUGAAAUGGAAGUAGCAGACACUCCUUAAUGUAAACUUGGAUUCUCAAA